AUGCUACUUUCCAUGAUAUCAAUGCGAACAAAGGAAAUCGUGUGCUCGUUGAAUCUUCACCCUGAGAAAAUCUCAUUAGACACGCGUGCAUCGUGUAAUUUGGAAAUCCGAUUCUCUCCUUUCAUAAUAUGCGUGGCAUUCGAAAAAUUCGAAAAAAGGAACGCUGAGAGAGAACUUGUAGAGAUUGAGAGACCAGAGAAAGUCGGAUUCUACGUUACACGAAUAGUUGACUAUAGAACAUUCGAAGGACUCGAAUACUUUAUCAAUGGGACAAUGGAACAGGAUUAUCAAUGGGAGAAUGGUACAUUCGAAGUGAGAGAUUACAUUGAUCAUUUCAUGGAGAUACUCCAUCACGAUUGGAUUGAUGAAUUGUCUGUUAUGAGCGAUGAUGCGUAUCCACCAGAGGAGAUUCAACAGCUUGUUAAUGGAUUGGAUAUAAGACUACUUUCUUUUUCUGAUGAGGGAAAUGUGAGAAUUUCUGAUGACGAUAUGAUAAUAUAUUUGAAUGCAGCAGUAAAACCUACACGUUGCUUUUAUUUGGAUAAAAGCCCGCUUUUCGCCUGGAAUCACACCAGGAUGAGCCAAUUUUUCAUUCAAAAUCUUGAUUACAUUGUGAUAGGAGACGCUCCUUUAUUAACUCUUGACGACUUGUUGCUCAUGAAUAUCUCAGAGAUUCAAAUCAAUAGUUCUUGGAUGAUCGAGAAAGAUUUCAAUCGGUUUUUGAAGCAUUGGAUCGCUGGAUCGAAUCCAAGAUUGAAGUAUCUUACAGUUGGAGAUGAUUCGACAAUUGAUGAUAGAGAGGAGUUCGAGAGGGAGUUGUUGAAUGGAAUUGAUCAUCGAAAAAUGGCGGAUGAGGAGGAGAGGACCUGCAUAAAACGAAUGGGUACAUACGAAGAAUGUAGGGAAAAAAUGACAGGUGGUUCUUAUAUCAGAAGAAAAGAUGGGACUGAGGCUAUCGUCCACGCUGAGUAUCUUCGGUUUCAUUUGAUUCUCCAAGAGUUGGUGAACUUUUAA